CAAGGAAACUUUAAUUUGUCUGUAAAUAUAUUACACCGGUCAUAAAAUCUUAUGGAUCGACACAAUAGGGUUUUUCUCUGGGGUGGUGUGAUUGGUCCCAUAUUAUCAGACUCAAUGACAUGGGACUUUGCCUCUGGGCCAGUCCUGCCCUCAGAGGGUCACACUCACCUGUAAAUAGGUUAUAAAUGAGAGACUGACCGUAACAACUCUUAGCAGCCCGGAUUUACCUGUUUGUCUGUGUUGCGUCUCAAACACACACCUACGACUGAAGGGGAGGCACGGCACAAGAGCCCUUGUCAAAAUAAGUCCAGGCAUGGACCAGCAGCAGUGUAUCAUCGAUACCCACCACAUCACGACACACACCAUGGGCAGAGGAGAUCUUGGCCGGGGGGAGGGGGAGAAGAGACUCCGCUACAUGCUAAAGGACGGUAGCUGCCCCGUGGUGUUCCACCAGUCCCCGGGCCAGUGGAGCUUCUUCCUGGCCGACAUCUUCACCACGCUUGUGGAGCUCCGCUGGAGGGUCAUGCUCCUCAUCUUCUGCCUCUCCUACAUCCUCUCCUGGCUCUUCUUCAGCCUCCUCUACUUCCUGAUCGCCUACGUCCACAAAGACCUGGAGGACCAUGACACGGCUCCGUGUGUGGCGAACGUCCGCAGUUUCACCUCUGCCUUCCUGUACUCCAUGUCGACCCAGGCGACUAUCGGCUACGGUUUCCGGGUGAUGACGGAGAACUGCAUGGUGGCCAUCGUGGUGGUGACUAUCCAGGCCCUGAUGAGUUGCUUCAUCGACACAGUCGUCAUCGGCAUCACCGUGGCCAAAAUGGCGUGCGCGAGCAAGAGGGCGCAGACAGUGGGCUUCAGCAGCUGCGCCGUGGUCAACGCACGCGACGGCGCCCUGUGCCUUGUGUGGCGCAUCGCCGACUUCCGCAGGAACCACAUCCUGGAAGGCACCGCCCGGGCGCAGCUGGUCCGACCCAUGAAGCACCCCUCUGGGAUGAUCUCCGUGACUUACCAGGACAUAGACAUCCAGAGUAGACACCUCAUCCUGGCCACCCCGGCCAGCAUCGUUCACAAGCUGGAGCCUGGGAGCCCCCUCUACAGCCUGGGACCAGACAGCCUGACGGAGGAGGACUUUGACCUGGUAGUCUCCUUCACCUACACCGGUGACUCCACAGGCAUCCUGCACCAGACACGCACGUCUUACACACCGGCGGACAUCCGCUGGGGCCAGCGCUUCCAGGACAUGGUGCAGGUGGGGAGGAGGCACUACAAGGUAGACUAUGCCCUGUUUCAUCAGACCACCUGGGUGCAGACACCCAUGGUCAGCGCCCAGGAGGGUGACAGGGGGAGACCGCCGACCACGGAGUCUAUCGUCCAAUCGCAGCAGCCGUUUGUAAGAUCGAGCAGGAAAUUCCGGAGGUCCUUGGCUGAUGUCAGUGAGGAGGUGGUUCAGGAGGCGUGGCUCUGAUGACGCUGUGAUAAUCCCAAAACAGCAGAGACAGAUAAUUACAUUAUGGUAUUAUUACAUUAUCGUUAUGUAGUACAUUAUCGCACAGGACUUCAGUAAAGGACUUGAGUAAGUGUAAUAGGGUAGUUUCAUUGUAAAUAACUAUUUUAUAUCAUAUUUUAUACUCCUUUGUAAUUUCCUUUAUGAAUGUAAUAAUUUAACUAAAUGUUAUUUUCUAUCAGUUAAAUAAACAAAGCGUAUGUUGUUGAAGUCACAUCUGAAGUCCGAGGUCUGGCCUCAUUUGAACGUCUUUGUUGUGAUGGACAGACUGCACCAAAUUUCAAAUAAAUCUACUUUUUUCUGA